UGGAUAUUCUCUUUUUUCUCUCUGCAGCUGACGCUUCCUCUGCAAAAUUGGUUUGAUGGAGCAAAGGCACUCAGCGCAGCUCGGUACAAAAAGGCAACAACGCGACCAGCGUGCAUACAGCACGGAUCGUGUUGGACAUUUAACACAGCACCAGAGAACUCACACAGGAGAGAAACCCUUCAAGUGCACUGUGUGUGACAAGGCAUUUUCAUAUCCAUCAGUUUUAAGGAACCACCAGAGAACACACACGGGAGAGAAACCCUUCAGUUGCACUCUGUGUGGGAAGGCGUUUGCACGUUCACAAAAUCUUAAAAUACACCAGAGAACACACACAGGAGAGAAACCCUUCAAGUGCACUGUGUGUGACAAGGCAUUUUCACAUUCAUCAGUUCUUAGGAUCCACCAGAGAACACACACGGGAGAGAAACUCUUCAGGUGCAGUCUGUGCGGGAAGGCGUUUUCACAGUCAUCUGGUCUUGUAUCGCACCAGAGAACACACACGGGAGAUAAACCCUUCAAGUGCAGUGUGUGUGGGAAGGCAUUUUCAGAUAAAUCUCCUCUUAAAAAACACCGGAUAACACACACAGGAGAAAAACCCUUCAAGUGUAGUCUGUGCGAGAAGGCGUUUUCACAGUCAUCUGCUCUUGUAUUACAUCAGAGAACUCACAUGAGAGAGAAACCCUUCAGUUGCACUUUGUGUGGGAAGGCGUUUGCACAUUCACAACAUCUUAAAAUACACCAGAGAACACACACAGGAGAGAAACCCUUCAGUUGCACUCUGUGUGGGAAGGCGUUUGCACAAUCACCAUAUCUUAAAUUACACCAGAGAACACACACUGGAGAGAAACCCUUCAAGUGCACUGUGUGUGGGAAGGCGUUUGCACAUUCACAACAUCUUCAAUUACACCAGAGAACACACACGGGAGAGAAACCCUUCAAGUGCACUGUGUGUGACAAGGCAUUUGCACAAUCAUCACAUCUUCAAGCACACCAGAGAACACACACGGGAGAGAAACCCUUCAGUUGCACUCUGUGUGGGAAGGCGUUUGCACAGUCAUCAAUUCUUAAAAGACACCAGAGGACACACAAGCAUCAGAAGAUCCCCAAGAAAUGGAGUCUGAAAUCGGCUUGUGAAAGUCAAAGUGCUGCAAUGAGCCCAUCCCUCAUGAAACCAGAAGUGAAUCCCAGCUUGGACACUUUUAAAGGUAUCAAGGUGAAAUGUGAAGAGGCGAAGGUGAAAUGUGAAGAAGUGAUGAAGAGCGAAGAUGUGAAGGACAUGCUGGUGGGAAUGUCGCUUGGCUGGCUUGGGAACGCCUGGGAAUUCCCCAGGAAGAUCCAGAGGCUGUCGCAAGGGAAAGGGAGGUCUGGACUGCCCUACUGA